GAUGUACAUCCCCUCCCGCACAUCGUUGCCCGUCUUGCUCGGCGAAGAAUCGCCACACAGCACUGCCAUGGCGAGUGGUGAGAAGUUGGAAGGGAAGCAACUGAAGGGCGGUUCGAUCUCGAUCCGGCCCAUCCCGGACGAAUGCUGGACACGUGUCUUGGGGAAUUUGGAAGCCACGGAGCUCUCGACGUGUAGCGUGAGCUGCUUGCGCUUCAGUCGACUCUCCGAUCAUCCAGAGUUGUGGCAAGCCUUGUUGCGCAGCGACUUUUGCGCCUCUCUGACACAUCGUGCGAUGCUACUCGCUUGGAUGGCAAUGCAUCAUCAUUUCCAUCCACGACAGCUCUACAUCUUCAAACGUCGCGAGCAUCUCUUGGAUCUGGAGAUUGCACGUGCGGAUCUCUGCCAGCGGUACGAACAGGCGAGGGAACAGGACCGGAAACAACGACGGCUUAGAGCCUUGAACUACUUCUUGGUGAGAGUCAUCCAUUGCCUCUUGUGCAUCUCUGUGCUAGCAAGCAGCAUUUUGCUGUGGCUCAAGUUGAAGGAUGCUGUGACAAUGUCGUAUUAUUUGAUCUUCUCUCCUGUUUUGGGCUUUGAAUCCGUUUUUUUUUCAUUGCGGCUUCCAUGACCUUCCUGAUCUACUUCCAACGCAGUAGCACUGGAUGGACCUUCUAUUGGAAUCGGCUGCAAGGAACCGUACGAUGGUUCAUUCUCUUCACUUCGCCUUGCGAGGGCUUCUUGGUGCUCUUCUUCGCUGGCGCGGCGCUUCCUCUCUUGGCGGCCACGCUGGAGGAGGAUUUGCCAGUGCCGUGGCCCUCCCUCCGCGUGCUGCCACCGUUCCUAGCUGUCUGGCUGGGUACGGGCUGCUUCGCCUUUAGUGUCUUGCGGCGGCGGCAAUGCUCCUCCAGUUGUAUCGGUUCUUGCUUGUUUUUGUGGUGUCCUUUGGCGGCCUUCAGUACCCUUCUCUUCAGUCGAUUGACUGUUUGGCCCUGGCUCUCGCCCAUGGUGAUGAUGUUGCCACUGCUGUUGGUCACUUGCAUGCUGAUCUUGUUCUCCAGCUUCCUCACCAUCGCCUCCUUUUGGUUGGGUUGGCGUGGCAGUCGGGAUUGGAUGGAGUAUGCCACCACGACCUUGCUGGCGAUCCUCGCUUUCCUCUUGCCGAUGCUGACCGUCGAGAUCACGCUGGUGUGCUACUUGAAAGGUGCCUGUGCCAUCCAUUGGGUCUUUGCCCCCUGGACUCUGUGGCUCACAGGACUCAGCUUCUUCGCCUUGUACCAGAGCUGUUUGCCUUUGAAGCCGAAUGGCCUCGGCGCUCCUCAUCUGGACCGCCUGCCGAACCGCUACCGGCGCCAUGAUCUUCAUUCCGACACGGAGCUUUUGUUGCCACAGCCCUGACGAGCCACCGCUCGGAUGCGCUUCGCCCGGUGGCAGACCCCAGACCCUGUGAUAGUGUGUUCAACGUCUGCACAAGGCAGCCAAAUGCAGCCUUAGAGCCUUUAAGACAUUGUAAACGUUCUGAAAAGAACCUUCAACGUACAGAUCGAACAUGUGGCAUGGUGGUGUUGUAGAAGUCAGGAAGCCAG